CAGAACAGAGGACCAGAGCACAAACUCCUCUCGCUGUCAGCACACAGGCUGGAGACUUAUGUGUUCAAGUGCGUCUUUGCACAGCCUAUAUACUAUUUUUGACGGGUUUUCUUGAACUAGCUCAAAAAUGCUCGGACUUCAUGAGCUGUUUGUUCAAAGUGCAGAAAGCGGAUCAUGAGGUACGGAACUGCACUGCCAUUAAAAGUUUGAUUUGGUGUAAAUCCCGUUCAAAUGAGGACACUUCGCGAGCACCAUUUCUGGAUAAUGGACGCAAUAAAACAGAAACGACUUGAAGGACUUUGUUUGUAACUCGAGCAGAUACAGAGAAGUGAUCCGCUGUUGAACACAGAGAAGUGGAUGCGCUUAAGUGAACUCUGUUGUUUUUCGUAAAGGAAGGAUUUAAUGCAAACAUUAAUGCAGUGCGCGUGAAUGUGAUGUGCGGGACGAACAGGAACUCAUCCGUGCCCCUCAUCAGCCCAGUCUUGACCUUCCAGAUUUUGAACAGUGAGGCACAAGCACUUUAUUUCUGAGCCACAUCAACCCACACAGCUGGUGUCUUCAGCACCUCAGUGGACUCAUGGGUACCGUACUGUCCCUCUCCCCGGGUCCUCGAAAACCCGGUUAUUAUGACGACCGGCCUGGUUCUCUAAGUCAUUACCCGAGCCUGAGCAGUCGCUCGCUGAACACUCAAAAAGACCCUCACCACAAACGCCACUCCAUAUUCCUCCCCGCUCUCACCUGGAAACGCCUGGUGGCCUCCACCAAGAAGCGGGGCGAAUCCAAAAAAGCCUAUCCUGGAGGUCAAGGGGCCGUCGGGGCUCCUCUCAACAACAAUAACAUCUACCAGAAGGAUCCAGUCUUGCACCUCAACCGAGAAAAUGUGAAGAAGUCUCUCUCCUGCGCAAACCUCACUAGCUACGAUGGUCCUGCAGGUCUGGGCCUGGGCGUAGGGCUGGGUGUGGGAUACAACAAACCGCAGCAGAUUUCCUCCGUAAAGAAGACUGCGCCCACAUGCACCUCCUCACCCAAGCGCGUGAUCGUCCAGGCCUCGACCAGCGAGCUGCUCCGCUGCCUGGGCGAGUUUCUGUGUGGACGCUGCUAUCGGCUCAAGCACCUUUCCCCCGCCGAUCCGGUCUUGUGGCUCCGUGCUGUGGACCGCUCACUCUUGCUCCAGGGCUGGCAGGACCAGGCCUUCGUGACGCCAGCCAAUGUGGUGUUUGUGUACAUGCUGUGCCGCGAUGUGGUGGAUGGUGAUGUGGUGUCUUCAGAGCAUGAGCUCCAAGCAAUUCUCCUUACCUGCUUGUACCUAUCGUACUCCUACAUGGGGAACGAGAUCUCGUACCCGCUCAAGCCCUUCCUGGUGGAGGCGGCUAAAGAGGCAUUCUGGGACCGUUGCCUGGCCAUUAUCAACAUCACCAGUGCCAAGAUGCUGCGCAUCAACGCAGACCCGCAUUUCUUCACGCAGGUCUUCGCCGAUCUGAAGAGCGAAGGAGGCUGCGCUUUGCAGGACUACGCUAGAGUUGUGGAUCGGUGAAAAGAGGACGAGGCGGAUUGUCUCUGUAAAUGUGACACCGUCAACAUCUAGCACCUUCAUUCCAUCAUUCUGGCCCCCAUAUGCCUUGUCACUUAACAUUAUGAGUCUUGUUUCUACUGACCAGUCUUCAAGAAACAGAAGAAACAUAUUCCUGGUGAAAAGACCAGCUUAGACCUGUGAGAAUAUCCAGGUGUAUGUUGGUUGGUGCUGGUCUAACUGUUGAACUACACAGUCUUUUUGGUUGUUAUGUUAGUUAAGAAUCAUGCUGAUGAGCAUCUGUGAUGGUCUUUUCAGCAGGAGAAGAAAGUAUAGUGAGCUUUUGGAUACAGAAACAUAAAAUACGCUCUUAAAAAUGUUCUUUAUUGGCAUUAAUGAUUCCAUGAAUAACCUUUAACAUCCAUGGAAUCUUUCCAUUCCACAAAACAUUCUUUAUUGUAAAGUAAGCUUCUUUAGAUUUUUAAAAUGUUCUUCAUACUAAAGAAUAAUGUCUCUUUAAGGAGCUGUUCGCUCAAAGGUUCUAGGAACCAAAAAAUGGUUCUUCAACUGUAUGUAAGGGGUAUUCAUGCCUGCUCCUGGAGGGCAGAAUUUAGCUCCAACACACUUGCCUGAAAAUUUUUAGUGAGUCUGAAGACCUUGAUUAGCUUUCAGGAGUGUUUAUUUAGGGUUGGAGCUAAAAUAGGCCUAAACUAAACUAAGCCCUCCAGGAACAGGUUUGGAUCUAUGGUUCUGCUGCAAAAACACCCUUUUGGUUAAAGGUUCUUAAGAUUUCAAAAAUGUUCUUCAUACUAAGAAAAAAAGGUUCUUAAUUUUAAGCUGUUCACUAAAAGGUUCUUUGUUGAACCCUUGGUUGAACCAAAAAUGAUUCUUCUAUAGUCACUACAAAAACCCUCUUUUUGGAAGUGGGCAUUCCCACCUUUUUCUUUCUCAUUCAAUUCCCCUAUCUUAAAAAUUAAAUAUAGUCAUAAUUUAGGGAUGCACAUCAAAAGGAAGGGAGAACUUGUCCAUCUGCAUAGAAGUUUAGUAGUUAUCCUGUUGUCAACCCACUGUUUUUCAAAAGUAGUUACGAUUCCUUUACUAAAUAUUUCAGUUCCUCUACCUUUAUGACAUCUACUGUGAGAGAAACUGCAACAGAAACCAUCUGACAAAGAGCAUUUUAGUGGGAGUGCAUGUGUGUGAUGGGCAGCAAACAGUGAGCGUUAACAGCUGUUGGUUAUCGUGUUGUCCUUUAUUUCAUGUGCUGGACGUUGGGGCACCAGCUGCAAUGGCAUUAACAAGAUUAACAGAUUAGUGUCACACACACACACACACACACACACACACACACACACACACACACACACACACACACACACACACACACACACACACACACACACAGUGUUCUCAAUGCUUCUGCCUGCUAUCCGGCUCUAUAGGUUGAAAGGCUAAUACAUGAUGUAGGCCAUAUACACGUAUACACAUGUUCUGUCUUGCAUAUCUUGGUGUCUGUAUAACAAUAGAGUGUUAUUGAAAAUAUGUGUCAUAUUUGAAUGUGUCUAUAAGAAUGCAUCCUUUCCCUUUAGAGUGUGAUGGAAAUGAACAAAGAGGCCUGAUUCUCUUAUUGCUCUCAGAUCACUGUUAUUCAUGUGUUACUCAGUCAUAUUUGACAUAAAUGUCAUAUUUAUGUCCUUUAAAGUCAAUCAAAAUCGACCUUUCCUAAAACACCCACCUAGUUAUAUUGUGCACUUUAUCAGCGCACAUUGCUCCCAAGUUUGUAGUAUGUAAUCAUCCAUCAUAACCUACUCUGCCUCUUGCAAAAAUGAUAAAGCGAGUAAUAGAUAAAACACGCAUACUGACAGUCACGGAUGCACAUGCAUAUACAACAGAUGCCCUCUUCUCUGGGUCAGGGUUUCAGGUGUCAGCGCUCAGACAGAAGAGCAGGGACAGCAGCAUGUGGCAUGGCAAGCACUCGUUAAUCUUAUUGUGGCGUUUUAAGGCAGGGCCAUGGGGUGCCAUACUCCAGCUCCUCAGCAAAAGCUGACUUUAAAUGCAUACUUCAGCCCACACACACUCUCGUAUAUGAGUACACACGCUCGCUCAAAUGAUCUGUAACCACAGAUAAAUUUUCAGGCUAGUAAUUUCAAAUGCACUGAUAUGCACGUGCAUACGCAUGCACCUUCUCCCACACGCUGAAGUGAUAAUCCGCUUUUGAUCCUUGCCAGCAGUUUGGUAGAGUGAGCUGAAAAUGCCACAAUAACAAAAUGCCAUUCAGAUCAGAUGAGAUUUCUCUUGCUGAAAUAAGCAGAAAAAGCACAUCUUGUGUUUUGACUGUGCACUAAGCAGAUGUUACAUAACAAACACAGGAAAACAGAACUGUGAACUUUAAACAAGUACUUGCCUAAUAGUUUUUUUUAAAUAAAAUAAUUGUGAGGGAUUGAAGGUAAAACCAGUCUUUCACUUAAAGCAUGUACCCUUGUGAAAAAGAAGUGUUGAAUUGUAUUGAAUGUGCACAUGUAGUGUACUUCAAAUCUUAAAAGUAUGUUUUUUAACAUAUAUAAAUGCCACUUAAGUGUACUUAAAAAGACAUCACGUUCAUGACUGUUUCCUAUUACACUUAAGUAUAUGUUUAAAGUUCCACUUUGUAAUAAUGUCAAGUUAGAAGUUUUACUUUAAAGUAAAGUUUUAAUCAUGCUUAACUUUUGUUGUGUUUUGUGUGUUCAAGUACACUUAUUUUUGAUGUUUGACUAACAUACUAAGGCACAUGGAAAGAACUUGAUUAUAAAUGUGACUGUAGUCUGUUAUUCAAUAUUACAUUUAAAGUUAAUAUAUUUUAAAUGUACUAAAUUGCAACUUCAUCAUUACAAAUGUGUAAAUUACAAAUAUAAAUGUAAAUAUUAUGUAAAUAUAUACAUUUAAAUAUAUGAAAUACAAUUUUCAUAAUCUUGUCAGUAUAAUUUGCAUUAGUGUAAAUGUACUGCAAAACGGGCUGACAAGCAUUUAUGAAACUCGUGUAUUUAAAUAUAUAUAUGUUACACUAAACUAUAAUACAGUUUAAUUUAGUAUGAUAAAGUGUACUUCUAUUCAAGUGGGUAGAGACUCCAUGAAAUCCAGAUUCGAAAGGCUUUUGGUUCAUUUUUUUUUUUUUUAAGCUUUGAAGCAUAUAUAUGCUAAUGUUCCUAAUAAACUGACAAAAUAGCUUUUAUCAAAUAUACAACUUUAAAAUUCACAGUCUUUCCCUUACAAAAAACAAAAACAAAAAAUAGAUAUUGAUGACUCACUGUCUAUUUUUUCCCCAAUCAAACGCUCUCUAUAAUGAGAAAGUCCCUGCUAAAACCACAUACUUCUGACUAGCGAUCGAAAGUUAUGAUUUAAACCAAAUGGCAAUUU